GCGGGUUCGCGUUGACGUCCCUUUGAAACUGACGUCUAAAAAAACUAUUUAUACGCUUCCCAAAGAACACAAUGCUCUAGUGUUAUAUUUUAGUGUUCAUAGAAAACCUUAUUUCCUUUCAGCGUGCAUCCGUCUCAUUUCGUGGAUCUUGUAAAGGCUGGUUUUGGAACAAAAUAAAUUGCGUGAAUGAUAAAAUAAAACCAGCCUUUACGAAUCACGUAAAGACAGAUGAAAAUGUAAUUAAUCAGCGCUUAAUAAUAAAAAAAUAUAAUAUUGGAUAUACUAAUAGUGCAAAGGACUGCCACAGCUUGAAAUGACCCAGCCGAGCUGAAACAAGCGCUAUGGUCGCUUAUAGCGAGUUCACGCCAACAUGGCCGACGAAGAAAAACUGCCGAUUCCCCCCACAUUUCUCGAGAAAGUGCUCUUUUACACGACAGCGACCUUCGUCCUCCUCGCCACCUUCAGCCUCUUCGCUUUUCUCUUCUUAGUUCCGUUCGUCAUAGAGCCAGCAUUCACGACAAUAUUCAUGCAAUUCGAUCCAGUAGCAGCGCUAUGUGUCACCGCCCAAGUGAAACAUUUAAUCGGCGCCAGUAACUGUUCCUGGGCCUCGUGUAGAGAAGGCUGUACGAAAGAUUUAUACGAAUGCACCCAGAUCAGAGUCAACUACAAGUUAGGCUAUCCCCCUAACAUAACCGCCACCGAAUACGAAACACUCAUUAGAGCCGAACGAUCGUUGAGAAAGGACUACGAUUACGACAACUACGAAUCCCCCCUUGAAUCACCAGAUAUGGAUAUGGAAAACCAGGAAAUACCGGACGCGAUACCUACGGGCUUACAGGGAAAUGACUCUGAGUGGUAUUUUACUGGUGCUAGAUUAUUCCCAAACGUCAAAGGGUGUGGUUACCCGCCGAUACUUAAUUGCACCAUUUUCUACGGAAAGUACAAGCCGCUCGGCACCAAUUACUCAUGCUAUUACAGCCGUGUAGACCCCGGCUUAGUCAUUACGGAGCUGGAUAUGUGGCAGAACACACUGAACUUAGUAUACGCGAUGGCGAUACCGAUCCCAUCGUUCAUAAUUUCAGUGAUAUAUUUGACGUUUGCGUAUUUUAAGAUCUAUAAUACGGAAGAGGAGUCCGAACAGGCUCCGCUGCAGAGCGACGCUGAGGCGAUGGCGACUGGUGACGACGGGAAACCGACUACGCCAGGCUCGGACACUUUUAGGGAAGAUCUCGCGUGCUUCGGGCAUCAAUUGAAGAUGCAACUCGCAAACGAAAAGUCUAAGGAAGGCUUCGAAUCAAAUAGUCCCCCUAUUUCCAAUUCUGCUUCAUUAUCUGGGACCAAGUCGUCCUUCGUGAACGCCUAAUGAAAAACUCACACUGAGAUGACAGGGCUCCUGAAGAGGAUUUGGCUACAGAGUGCAUCACGAAUUGACUUGAAUGAUACCAAUGAACAUUUUUAAUAUCGCUCGAAUCGUGGUCACCGUAGCGCAUCAUAACAUGAUCGUGAUCAUAGGACACUUGACCACGAAUUGGUCGAAGAAGAUUUUUAUAAAGCGUUGUGAAGUUCAAUGACAUAAAAAUGUUUUUCGUGACAACAUAUAUUUAAAUGUUGAAUAUUUAAUACAUUGCUUUUAAUGUUUCAAAGCUAUUUAAGGGCCUUAUAAUUUUUCAACUUGUAUUAUGUUCUUUAACGCUUAGACCUUCUUUUAUAAUUAACUGUUAUUUCUACUGAUUGUUGGAAUAAUGUAAAUAUAAAAAAAUCUCCUAUUAAAUUAAUAAUUUGUAAGAAUAUAAAUGUCAUAAAAUACUUUAAAAAUUCUAAAUGAAAUUCGUCCACUCUUAUUAUUGAGAUAUUGGAAUGCAUUCGGUGAAUACGAAAAUAUUCGCGUUAUUGAAUUAAAUAAUAUAAAAUAUAUAAUCCCAUUUAUAAAGCAUUGCUCAAAAAUAUGUAUUUGAAAUUUUUUAAUACAAGUGUUGUCACGAAAAUCUAAUUAUAUUAUAAUUAGAUAUUUAAAAAAAGAAUUUUAUCUCCUAACAAACAUAAGUCUACUACGCUCGCAGGCUGAUGUGUCAAAAUGCACGCGUCUUAAUACAUAUAAUAUAUUUACAAUUAUUUAUUAAAAAUUAAAUCGCCAUAACGCAAGCUAUGUAAAUUUUAUAACACGAAAUUGUUUAUAAAUAAAAAAAGAUUUAAUAUUAAUUUGAAAUUGUUAGAAUGAAAUUAAACAUGCGUAGAUAUUGACCGUCUAGACAUUGAAGAAUUAUUUACAUUAUUUAAAAUAUUUUACACGAGUAACGCCAAAAUAUAUUCGCUACGGAAUUAUUUGAUUUAAAAACAGCUUGAUUUCAAAAUGAAACUUGUUCUAGAAUGAAAAUAAAAAUAAAUACCAUGUGAAACACACGUUACAAUUAGAAAAGAUACAAUAACGGUAACUACUAUUUACGAUAAAAAAUUAUGAAAAAAUAAUAAAUAUAUUAUUUUCAUUUUUAUGUUGAAUAAUUAUUUCUUUCAACAUGUAAAUUUCAAUUAAAUGUUCACAAACAAAAUAGAAUAAGAUAAUCGUUCUUUUUUUGAAUUGAUUUUUGAAUUUAUAUUGUGUAAUUUUAUUAAAUAAAGUUAGGACAAAGCGUAUUUUAAUUGUGGAUCGUGACAAUUACGUUCAACCAAUUAUCGUCCCUGCCGUACUGUAGACAGUAUCGAUUCUUCCGUCCCAAGCCUGAACUUUUUAAAAAUUCAUCGAUACACGAAGUCCAUAGUCAUUCGAACCGUCACCUUUUGCUAAAGACCAAAAUAGGAAUUUUUAUCGGUUUUCAAAUCGACCUCGGUAACUAUUUAUUACUUUUCCUUAUGAUUUGUUCAAGUAUAAAUGUAAAGGUUCGACCGUUUGAAAUCGAUGUCGGAACCGCCUGACGUUUGCUGACGCCUUCUGUAGCACAAGCGUUUUCAGAACGGCUUGCGCGAACGUAUUUUGUUAGUAACUCAUAAGGAGCCUGUAUAACAUUAAAAUAUAUAAUAAAAAUGAUAACUCAGUUUAUAUGUUCGUAUUUUAUACGACGGUAUAGUUUGAGAUAUCCGAGUGCUUAAGAACGCUUUUAUGGUUGUAAUCGAACGCUUCGGAAUAAAUAUUUCUGUAAAAAAAAAAUUAUGUAUUAUGUAU